AUGACAACUUUUAUCUUAGCUACAAAUUCUAGCGAAUAUGAGAAAGUUAAAUCCAACUUUUCUUCAAGAAUGAAUUCACAAAUGCAUUCAAUACAUUCAAUAAUUCGUGUAGAAAUGCCGCAACAUAUUGUUAAUAAUCAUGAAAAAUAUAAAAAAAAUAAUCCAAACCUUCAAUUUAGACAAUUUUUUCAUGGAACUAAACACGCUUGUUCCAUAAAAAAUUUAAAUACUUUAUGCAAUAAUUCAACUUGUUUUGUUUGUAGUAUAAUUCAAGCAUCCUAUUCACAUACUUUUACAAGGAUUGGCAAUGAUUCGUCAAGGGCAAUGUUUCUAGUUGAUGUUGUUGGAGCAUCCCCCUCCUCAGGCAGCGAGUUUCAUGUUGCUAAUGCAGAG